UCCGAGCUUCAGCAGUACACAUCAAAUUAUCGUCUCAUCACAAGAAAAAAAGAGAGAAAUGGCUACUCUGGGUGGAAUUAGCCAGGUUGAAGGAAGCGCCAAUAGCCUUGAGAUUGAAAACCUGGCUCGUUUUGCUGUAGAUGAACACAACAAGAAGGGGAAUGCGAUGCUGCAGUUUAAGAAAGUGACGAACGUGAAGCAACAGGUGGUUUCCGGUACUAUGUAUUACAUAACAUUGGAGGUGAUGGAUGGUGACAAGUUGAAAGUUUAUGAAUCCAAGGUGUGGGAGAAGCCAUGGAUGAAUUUCAAGGAGUUGCAGGAUUUCAAGCUUAUUGGCGAUGCCACAGCCUCCGCUUGAGGUGACCGGAGAUUGUAAGGGGGAGGAUAUCAGGAUACCGACGGCGGGCCUUGCCUUUAAAUAAAUGUAACAAUGCUUUAAAAUUCAUUUGGAUUUAAAGUGUACUAAAUUCAGUGGUACUAAACUUAAGCUUACCUAGAAUAAUGAAUAAUGUAAAUUGAUGCAGCAAAGUUCAAAAUUACCUGUCUCCCUUUUACCCUAUUUUCUUAUGUAGUUGUUUCUAAAGAUGAAUUAAAAUUAGUAUGAUUCCAUUGUCUGAA